AUGCUCUUGAAUUUAUUCCUAGUAAUUUCCUUGGUUAUAUGUCCUCAUACAGUAUUGGCUAGUAUUCGAGAAAAUAUUCUGGCACCAAAACCAUUACAUGACUUAAGCCCACAGUGUUUGAAUGACACCGAGAUUUGGUUUCAGUCUCUGCAGAAUUUUGCGAAUGUCUCUCUGGAUUGUAUCACUCAAAGAAAAUGUACCACUGAAGAAUUGAGAAUACUGGAAGACAAUUUAUAUGCUAUAGAACAGCUGGACGCAUUCGGACAAAUACCUGUACCAGGAAUGUUGGAAAUUACAACAUUGUACGACGGAUCUUAUCAAGAAUGCCAGCGGAUCAGUGGUGUUAAAUAUGAGACAAAUUACUGCUAUUUGGUGAUCAAACCAGGAAAAAAUGUAUCUUGUGCUGCUGGAAACUCUUCUUCUCCUAUUGACUCUUUACCAUUGAGGCUUGCAGUCUGCCUACCGUAUUCAUGUGACCACCAGGAUAUGAUCAACAUUUUCAAUCAAGCGUCUUUGUAUCCAUUCACUGCUUGUGCAGCAUAUUGUGUGAAAUUUGAUGUUGAAAAAGACGCGCCUUUCUGGGGAUUUUCAUCGUUCUUUUUGGUGAUGGUUUUUAUUGCGGUAGCGGCUACCGUGUUCGACUACUUUCGAGAUUCUCUAUUUGGAUAUAAAAAUGACAAAGAGAAAAAUAUAUUGUUCAAAAUUCUCCUGGCAUUUUCUUUCUGGACAAACGCAGAAUUGAUUCUAUCAGUGAAAGAACAAAAACCAGGAUUCAUCAAGUCAUUGGACUGCAUUCGUUUGUUCUCAAUGACAUGGGUCGUCACGGGACACUCCUAUCUGUACAUUAUUCUGUCUAAUACGCUCUCACCAAUCAUCAAUUUUCCAAAGCAUUUCUGGAACCAUCUAAUUCUGAAUGCUUUUUUAUCAGUAGACACUUUCUUCGUGCUUUCUGGAAUCGUAGUUGCGUAUCUGUUUUUCAAAACCAAGCCGAGCAGAAAAAUUAUAACGAAUCCAGUAACUUGGGUGAUGUUCUAUGUUCAUCGUUAUCUGAGGUUGACACCUCCUGUGAUGUUGUUUAUUGGUUUCUUCACAGUUUAUGCGCCAUAUCUUCAAGGAACGUUUUCGGCAUCCGCGUUCAAUGAUCUUGUCGCUGAAUCAAAUGCAUGCAAGGAAAGUUGGUGGCAAAAUCUUCUCUACAUCAACAACUUUGGUGAUACCUCGAACAAUAACAACAACACCUGCUACGGACCCACCUGGUAUCUUGCAGCUGACACCCAAUUAUACAUUGCAUCUCCCAUCUUUCUCAUUGCUCUCUAUUUUUCAUUUGCUGCCGGAACCGCUUUACUUGUUUCUGGAUGUAUUGGGAGUAUAAUUGCUACCUAUGUCCUUUUCAAUGUGUAUGAUAUGGCAUCUGAUAGUUAUGGUAAUGGAGAUGCCACUCAUUUCUUUGGUGUGAUAUACUCAAAGCCAUGGAUUAGAUGUCCACCGUAUCUCGUUGGAAUCUUCACUGGAUAUCUUCUGGCUCAUUAUGGAAAUCGAAAAAUUCGGUUGAACUGGGCACUGGCGUUAGGUGGAUGGGCAGUGGCGUUUGCGAUAGCUGGAUUUUGUAUUUUUGGAAAUUAUGACUACGACAAAGGAUCUCACUGGAGUGUUUUCGCAAGGGCCUCUUUCUACAACUUCCAUCGUCUUGGUUGGGCAGUCUUCCUUUCUUGGGUGAUAUCUGCGAAUCAUAUGGGAUGGGGUGGUCCUAUCAAUAAUUUUAUGUCUCAUCCGAUAUGGCAACCGUUUGGAAGAUUAUCCUAUUGUGCAUAUAUUGUGCACUGGAUGGUUUUGUUUUAUUACCAUAAUAUCAGUGGCACCCUUCAUUUCUAUUCUACUUGGGAAGUGUUCACCCAUGUUACUCUGCCAGCUACGUUCAUGGCAUACGUUUUUGCCUUCUUCUGGAGUUGUCUAUUUGAAAUUUCAACACUCAAGUCAGCUUUGCCGCUUGUUUUAUUUUAUUUUAUGUUGCGAAUUUCCAGGUUGGAAAAAAUGCUUUUCGAAGUGAUUUUCAAAUCUGACCGACCAUCUCAAAAGCUUGGUGGAUCCGUGGAAAAUGGAAAGCUUCCUAAUGCAGUGGCUGAAACAUGGAGUUCAGUUGAAACAACACCGAAAACUAAUUGA